AUGGUGCAGUCUGCCGUGGGUUCCAUUCCCUACGGCGGACCAAACCCACGGAGACCAAACCCAAACCCACGGCGGACCAAACCCAAACCCACGACCAAACCCACGGCGGACCAAACCCACGGCGGACCAAACCCAAACCCAGGGCAGACCAAACCCAAACCCACAGCGGACGAAACCCACGGCAGACCAAACCCAAACCCACGGCGGACCAAACCCACGGCAGACCAAACCCACGGCGGACCAAACCCACGGCGGACCAAACCCAAACCCACGGCAGACCAAACCCACGGCAGACCAAACCCACGGCGGACCAAACCCACGGCGGACCAAAUCCACGGUGGACCAAACCCACGGCAGACCAAACCCAAACCCACGGCAGACCAAACCCACGGCGGACCAAACCCACGGCGGACCAAACCCACGCGGACCAAACACACGGCGGACCAAACCCACGGCGGACCAAACCCACGGCGGACCAAACCCAAGGCGGACCAAACCCACGGCGGACCAAACCCACAGCGGACCAAACCCACGGCAGACCAAACCCACGGCGGACCAAACCCAAACCCACAGCAGACCAAACCCAUGGCGGACCAAACCCAAACCACGGUGGACCAAACCCACGGCGGACCAAACCCACGGCGGACCAAACCCACGCGGACCAAACCCACGGCGGACCAAACCCAAACCCACAGCGGACCAAACACACGGCGGACCAAACCCACGGCGGACCAAACCCACGGCGGACCAAACCCAAGGCGGACCAAACCCACGGCGGACCAAACCCACAGCGGACCAAACCCACGGCAGACCAAACCCACGGCGGACCAAACCCAAACCCACAGCAGACCAAACCCAUGGCGGACCAAACCCAAACACACGGUGGACCAAACCCACGGCGGACCAAACCCACGGCGGACCAAACCCACGUUUGUUGGUGAUGUGGACACCAAGGAACUUGAAGCUCUGAACCUGCUCCACUACAACCCCAUUGAUGAGUGCUCGGUUCUCCUUUUCCUGUAG